AUGUCACAAGAUUAUCAGCACCAGCAUCCCCACCACCAGAGCCACCACCAGCAAGGAAUCUUUGGCUUCUCGAACAGAUUCGAGAGAUCAAACACUCCAGUAGAAGACAACAGUCCACACCACCACCAACAGCAACAAAUUCAGAGAGACAAAGUGAGACUCCAAGGCUUCGACUCGCAACAACAACCACCACUCCAACCACCACCGUCGUCGCUAAUAGACAACAUAGAAGAAGAACAAGAAGCUCUCCCAGUUUACGAAACAACCGGAAUGUUGUCAGAAAUGUUCAAUUUCCCUCACGGCGCCUCUCCUGCAGCUGAAUUAUUAGAGCAGCAACAACAAAUGGCGUCGAGUGCAUCGUUCCGCUCCUCGUCAAGAACACCACCACCACCAACACCACAUGGAAUAGCCAAUUCCAGUGACUGGUACGGAAACAGACAAAAUAUUUUAACAGAUUCGAAAAACCAUCUUCACAAUAACCGUGACAGUAGCAGCAGCAGCAGCAUAUUUCAUCAUCAGAAUCAUCAGAUAUCAAACAUUAAUGCUGAGUCAGCAGCAGCCAUGCAGCUUUUUCUCAUGAAUCCUCAAACCACCAGAUCUCCAUCUCCUCCUCCACCUCAACCUCAUCAUCCUUCAUCUACAAAUUCAUCCACUCUCCACAUGUUACUUCCCAAUCCUUCAACUACUAACCUCCAAGGCUUUAAUUCCGGGGCCGGAGGGUCUUUCGGUCAAUUCACAUGGGGACAUGGAAGUACUCAAGAAGGAGGAGCAACAACAAGUCAUCACCAACUCAACAACAACCAACCUGAGAUUGGAAGUGUUGUUGAAGGACAAGGUCUUUCAUUGUCUCUAUCUUCAUCCUUACAACAACACCACUCCGACGAAUUACGAAUGGGCGAAGCUGCUGGAUUUCUAUAUUACAAUCAAGGAGGACCCGGACCAGGAAAUUCUUACAAGAAUCUUCAGCAUCAUCAUCAUUUACAAGGAGGUGGAUUAGGCCAAAUCAGCCAUAUUCAUCAAGGACAUAUCGGAUUCGGUUCAUCAUCAUCUUCUUCUUUUGGUGUCGUUAAUGUUUUAAGAAAUUCAAAGUAUGUUAAAGCAGCUCAAGAAUUACUUGAAGAAUUUUGUAGUGUUGGAAGGGGUCAAUUCAAGAAGAAUAAAUUUAGCAGACAGUUAUCAAACCCUAAUUCAAAUCAAGGUGGUGGUAGUAUUGGUGGUGGUGCUUCUUCAUCAUCAUCAAAAGAUGUUUCACCUUUGUCACCUGCCGAUAGGAUUGAGCAUCAGAGAAGAAAGGUCAAACUUCUAACCAUGCUUGACGAGGUGGAUAGAAGAUACAGUCAUUACUGUGAACAAAUGCAAAUGGUGGUGAAUUCGUUUGAUUUAGUGAUGGGAUUUGGUGCUGCGGUUCCAUACACUGCGCUAGCGCAGAAAGCAAUGUCGCGGCAUUUUAGGUGUUUAAAAGAUGCAAUAACAGCACAGUUGAAACAUAGUUGUGAGUUAUUGGGAGAGAAAGAUGGUGUGGGGUCAUCUGGUUUGACAAAAGGAGAGACACCGAGGCUUAAGCUGCUUGAACAAAGCUUGAGACAGCAAAGGGCGUUUCAUCAGAUGGGGAUGAUGGAACAGGAAGCUUGGAGACCACAGAGAGGAUUGCCUGAACGAUCUGUCAACAUUUUGAGAGCCUGGCUUUUUGAACAUUUUCUUCAUCCGUACCCAAGUGAUGCAGAUAAGCAUCUCUUAGCAAGACAGACUGGCCUUUCCAGAAAUCAGGUAUCAAACUGGUUCAUAAAUGCCAGGGUUCGAUUGUGGAAACCCAUGGUAGAAGAUAUGUACCAACAAGAACUCAAAGAAGCAGAAGGAUCCUCAGAAGGUGAAGAAGAUAGAGAAAACAAGAAUCAAAGCAGUCCUAGCAACACCAACACCAACACCAACAACAACACUAGUGGUCACAUAUCUACUACAACAACAAUUGCACAAACUCCAACACCUUCAACAACAACAGCAUCUCCAACAACAACAACACCACAACCUACAAGCAACAACAAUAAUAAGAGAUCCAAUAUUAUGAAUGCCAAUAUUGAAAACGACCCAUCACUUACACCAAUAAUAAAUAGACAAGGCUUCUCGGAAAACCAAGCAAUAUUGUUACAACAACAAUCAACCACCAAAACCACCGUCUCUCAAGUGCCGCCACCUAUCUCCGAUUCUAUGGCUAUCGAUGACACGUGUCGACAUGGCAGCUUUGUUACAGCCGAAUAUGGGACCACACCUGCUUCUUCUUCUGACAAUAUUAUCAGAUUUGGGACCACUACCUCUGGUGACGUGUCACUCACUUUAGGGCUACGUCACGCCGGAAAUUUACCCGACAAAACUACUUUCUCUCUUACAGACUUUGGAGGCAUUUAA